ACACACUUCCACCUAACCUUUUUACAUGGUUCUCCCCAAUCUUUCACAUUUGCCAUCCCUUCCAUUAAUAUAAACCAUUUAAAACUACCCAGUUCUUUUUUGUUCUUCCCAACUCUCACUUUUUUGUUUCUAAACUAAGAUGGGGAUCAAAGUUUUCAUGGUUUCUUUCAUGUUUACCACUAUUCUGUUGUCUGUUUUGUACCUCCCCACUAAACUAAGCAUCCCCAUUACAAGGUUCAAUCCUAUGGCAACCUUAAACAUUGUACACCCAUCCAACAGGACAUACCCGGUUACCUUUGCCUACUUAAUCUCAGCAUCCAAAGGGGAUAUAAUCAAGCUAAAACGUACCCUACAUGCUCUGUAUCACCCUGGAAAUCAGUAUCUGAUCCAUCUGGAUUACGAGGCGCCUGCCUCGGAGCACAAGCUAAUUGCAGAGUUCGUAUCCAAUCACCCAGUAUUUAGCUUGGUUGGUAAUGUCUAUAUUGUUGGGAAACCCAACUUGGUUACUUAUAGAGGUCCAACUAUGCUUGCUACAACUCUUCAUGCUAUGUCAAUGCUUUUGAGAUGCUGCAAAUGGGAUUGGUUUAUUAACCUCAGUGCUUCCGAUUAUCCUUUAGUAACUCAAGAUGAUCUGAUUCAUGCCUUUUCUGGUUUGCCAAAAGAUCUCAAUUUCAUUCAACAUAGCAGUCAGCUGGGCUGGAAACUGAAUAAGAGAGGGAAACCCAUAAUAAUAGAUCCGGGGCUUUACAGCAGGAACAAGUCAGAAAUCUGGUGGGUUAUUAAGCCAAGGACACUACCAACGGCUUUCAAGCUUUAUACAGGUUCAGCUUGGACUGUGAUCUCAAGAUCCUUUGCUGAGUACUCCAUUGUUGGGUGGGACAACCUGCCUAGGACUUUGUUACUUUACUAUACCAACUUUGUGUCUUCUCCAGAAGGUUACUUUCAGACAUUGAUAUGCAACUCAGUAGACUACAAAAACACAACAGUGAACCAUGACCUUCACUACAUCACAUGGGACACUCCUCCAAAACAGCACCCAAGGUCCCUAGGACUCAAAGAUUAUAGAAGAAUGGUUCAGAGCAGCCGCCCAUUUGGCAGAAAAUUCAAGAGAAAUGACCCAGUUCUUGACAAAAUCGACAGGGAGCUUCUCAAGAGGAGGCAUGGAAAGUUUACAUAUGGGGGUUGGUGUGCUGAAAAUGGGAAGAAACAAAGGGCAUGCUCUAGUUUACAGGGUGAGAAUUAUGGUGUUUUGAAACCUGGAGCUGGCUCUAGGAGGUUAAAAUCUUUGUUGACUAAAAUUGCUUCAGCAAGGAGUUUCAGUAAGAGGCAGUGUAGACCAUAGAUUAAUUCAUUUUUUAUUCUACUUAUAAUGAACCAAUACAAAUAUAAAUUUGUGUUUCUUUGUUUCCCCUUUUUUUGAAUGAAAAAUAACUUGUGUUGUUACCUAUAAUUUAAAAA